UGACUUUAAAUCCCAAACGAAAAAGUUGCAGGAUUACAUGAAAGCCACUGACACCCCAAAGGCAGCGGAAAAUCGUCACACACUGCAGUAUCCUCGUGGUGAAAUGAUGGACAAAGUGUUAUACAAGUGGUUCAGCUUGAAAAGAUCAGAAAGAAUCACAAUUACAGGCCCAAUGCUACAAGAGAAAGGGCGUGAUUUAGCUAAGAACAUGGGCGAGGAAGGGGCAUGCCAGUUCUCUGAUGGCUGGCUCCACAGGUUCAAGGUUCGUCACGGCAUAAGGAAGCUGGACAUCUCGGGAGAAUCAAAAUCUGCCAACUUACCCUCGGCUGAAGAGUUUGUCGACAGGUUUGCGAAGAUAGUUGAGGAGCAUAACCUGACGUCUGAGCAGAUUUACAACGCUGACGAGACUGGCCUGUUCUACCGCUGUCUGCCAAGAACUACACUUGCAAGCGAGUCAGAGCAAACUUGUUAAUUAUGAGGACGGCACAAUCCCCGAGUUCCAAAAACAGUUUAAUGUUAAGAUGCGAUAUUCAUGGCUUCACUUGCUUGGCUAGACUGUAAAAGGCAAACAUUGAUGCGAUGUUGGCGCAAAUUGUACCCUUUGAUGAUGUGUGAUGAUGAGGAGUUUGAAGGGUUUGUAGGUGGCAUGAAAAAUUCGGUGGUGAGCGAGCUGAGGGAAAUGGGGGGAAAUGUGCAACUUAAAGUGACAGAUGAAGCGUUACAGGAAUGGGUGGACGUGGACGAAAAUCAGGCCGUAACAUUCACUCUCACAAACAAGGAACUUAUCAACGCUGUAGUAGAAGAUCAUUUGGAGAAAAUUAGUGAUGAUAGUGAUGAUGAUGAUGAUGAUAAUGAGCCUAAAGUAACUCGGGAACAGGCUGCGAAACACAUAGCUGGCUUUGUCAGGUUUGCUGAGCAGUGCACAUACAUGUCAAUCCGAGAUGUUAUGACCCUUCACUGCAUUGAGAAUGAAUUUUUGCUGCAAAGAAGAAGGAGCUGCAAACAAGGAGACAUUAGAAACUAUUUUAAAGUGGCUUGUAAGGGAAAAGAAGUGGGGCAAACAAGUAUAGAAUCUGAUGAUGUUGAUGACCCGGAGGGUGUUGAAUGAGAGGUGUGGGGAGCGAAAAAGUGUCACAAACACUCGUACAUUUUCAUAUCUUUAUUGUAUGCUAUACAUGUUGGCUAAUAUUGAAUAAAGCAAA